AUGGGAGAAGAUAGAUAUGAGAGUGAGACAGCUUAUCCAGCAGCAGAAUCUAGUGGAGACAAUUGCCAAUCUCUGUAUUAUGAUGGUGAAGUUCCUAAAUCAUCAGACUUGUAUGUUUUCGAGACAAUUACAACAUUUCCAUAUUCCAUGAUGGCAUUCUGCACCAAUAGAUGCGUAGAUAAUCUAGAAUGUUUGGCAGUGGACAUAUGUGAUUCUAAUGGAGAGAAGAGCUGUAGACUUGUCAGGUUUUUGAAACUUAAUUUAACAACUACAGAUAGCAGCAAGACCUGCAGAAGAUACAAAGUGGAUAAAAGGUGUGGAUAUGGUCGACAUUAUGACGAAAUCCUUAAAGAGUGCAAGCCAUUGUAUGUGUGCGACUUUGAGACAAUCACAGAACCAUCUUGUUUCUUGGAAGAAUCACAAAAUGAUAGAUUCAACUGGAACAGAUAUUCGGGAAGGACUGGUUCUACUAGUACUGGUCCUAGUGGCGCCAAAGUCGGUAAAUACUACAAGUACAUAGAAGCAUCUUCACCUCGAGUUUUGGGGGACAACGCUAAAUUGGUCAGCAAUAGAGUUUUUAAAGAUGAGACAUACUGUCUUUCCAUGUACUACAACAUGUAUGGACAAACGACCGGAACUCUUAAGAUUCAGACCCGGACCGGAAAUGACACGGCAGUGACUCAUUGGAAGAAGUCAGAUGGCCAAGGAACCAAAUGGCACAGCAUUGAACUCUACCUCCCUCUUAACGACAACACUGAGAUAAUCAUCGAAGCCAUCAGAGGGUCAAACUUCUACAGCGAUAUCGCCGUCGACUACAUAGUGUUAUGGCCCAUUGCUUGUCCUUGAGGAGGUUAUUUCAGUGACCAGACAAAAAUCUACACGCAUCUGAAUAAUAUUUUUGAUAUUAACUCUAAUCUAUGUAUUAUCUAUAUGAAAAUGGCACAUUUCAGGGAGAAAAAAUCUCUUGACUUUCGUAUUUCGAAGUUUCGUGUUUGUACACUGUAUAUUGUCAUCCUUUAAAUUGUAUCAAAAUCCUGAUACAUGUAUUUACCUCAAAG